UCAAAAGACUCGUUGCCCAAUGAAUAACAGGGCGGGCCUAGAGUGGCGGCGGCUUCUGCCAAUGCUCAGACAGCGAGGGCGGAGCGUCGGGAGCGAGCCUCUGACGGCGGGCGGCGUGUGACGCAGUCGGGCCCUCUGCGCGCUGCGCCCGAAGCGGCGGUCGGUGGCGGUGGUGGUAGCGGCGGCGACAGUUUCGUGGCGGCCGCGCGCUGCUCUCUGAGCGGCGGGUGGUGGACGGGCCUAGGCCUUUACUCCUGACACCUCCCUUCCCCCACCGCACCGCGCCUAAUGGAAGAUAUUGAGCAAAAUCCAGAUGCUUUUUACUAGAGCAGCAAACAACUCAUACACUCAAGUGGCAGCUAUCUGAAGCAAAGACUCAUUUUGAAGAUGUUUAAUAAGUCAUUUGGAACGCCCUUUGGGGGUGGCACUGGUGGCUUUGGCACAACUUCAACAUUUGGGCAGAGUACUGGUUUUGGUACUACUAGUGGAGGGGCUUUUGGAACAUCUGCAUUUGGUUCUAGCAACAAUACUGGAGGCCUCUUUGGAAAUUCACAGACCAAACCAGGAGGAUUAUUUGGUACUAAUUCAUUUAGUCAGCCAGCUACUUCCACAAGCACUGGCUUUGGGUUUGGCACAUCAACAGGAACAUCAAAUAGCUUGUUUGGAACUGCAAGUACAGGGACUAGUCUCUUCUCAUCCCAAAACAAUGCCUUUGCACAAAAUAAACCAACUGGCUUCGGAAAUUUUGGAACAAGUACCAGCAGUGGGGGACUUUUUGGUACUACAAAUACCACCUCCAAUCCUUUUGGUAGUACAUCUGGCUCCCUCUUUGGGCCGAGUAGUUUUACAGCUGCUCCCACUGGGACUACAAUUAAGUUUAAUCCUCCGACUGGUACAGAUACUAUGGUUAAAGCUGGAGUUAGCACUAACAUCAGUACCAAGCACCAGUGUAUUACUGCUAUGAAAGAAUAUGAAAGCAAGUCUCUAGAGGAACUUCGUUUAGAGGAUUAUCAGGCUAACCGGAAAGGCCCGCAGAACCAGGUGGGAGCAGGUACCACAUCUGGCUUGUUUGGGUCUUCUCCAGCCACCUCCAGUGCAACAGGACUCUUCAGCUCCUCUACCACUAACUCAGGCUUUGCAUAUGGUCAGAACAAAACAGCCUUUGGAACUAGUACAACUGGGUUUGGAACAAAUCCGGGUGGUCUCUUUGGCCAACAGAAUCAGCAGACUACCAGCCUCUUCAGUAAACCAUUUGGCCAGGCCACAACCACCCAGAACACUGGCUUUUCCUUUGGUAAUACCAGCACACUAGGACAGCCAAGUACUAAUACCAUGGGUUUAUUUGGAGUAACCCAAGCCUCACAGCCUGGAGGUCUUUUUGGGACAGCUACAAACACCAGCACUGGGACAGCAUUUGGAACAGGAACAGGUCUCUUUGGGCAGCCCAAUACUGGAUUUGGUGCUGUCGGUUCGACCCUGUUUGGCAAUAACAAGCUUACUACAUUUGGAACCAGCACAACCAGUGCUCCUUCAUUUGGUACAACCAGUGGCGGGCUCUUUGGUAACAAACCAACCCUGACUUUAGGAACCAAUACAAACACUUCCAAUUUUGGUUUCGGCACAAAUACCAGUGGGAGUAGUAUUUUUGGAAGUAAACCAGGACCUGGGACUCUGGGAACUGGCCUUGGUGCAGGAUUUGGAACAGCUCUUGGUGCUGGACAGGCAUCUUUGUUUGGGAACAACCAACCUAAGAUCGGAGGGCCUCUUGGUACAGGAGCCUUUGGGGCCCCUGGAUUUAAUACUACGACAGCUACUUUGGGCUUUGGAGCCCCCCAGGCCCCAGUAGCUUUGACAGAUCCCAAUGCUUCUGCUGCCCAGCAAGCUGUUCUCCAGCAGCAUAUCAAUAGUCUAACAUACUCACCUUUUGGAGAUUCUCCUCUCUUCCGGAAUCCCAUGUCAGACCCUAAAAAGAAAGAAGAGAGAUUGAAACCAACAAAUCCAGCAGCCCAGAAGGCUCUCACUACACCCACUCAUUAUAAACUAACACCCCGUCCUGCCACCAGAGUUCGACCAAAGGCUUUACAGACAACAGGCACAGCGAAGUCCCAUCUGUUUGAUGGGCUGGAUGAUGAUGAGCCAUCCUUAGCCAAUGGAGCAUUCAUGCCUAAGAAGAGCAUUAAGAAGUUGGUUUUGAAAAACCUUAACAACAGCAAUCUCUUUUCUCCUGUUAAUCGUGACUCCGAAGAUCUCGCUUCACCAUCUGAUUAUCCAGAAAAUGGGGAGAGGUUCAGUUUCCUGAGCAAACCUGUUGAUGAGAACCAUCAGCAGGAUGGAGAUGAUGAUUCUCUUGUGUCACGUUUUUAUACUAACCCUAUUGCCAAACCCAUUCCUCAAACCCCAGAGAGUGCUGGAAAUAAACACAACAGCAGUAGCAGUGUGGAUGAUACCAUUGUUGCACUAAACAUGCGUGCUGCCUUGCGAAAUGGGCUGGAAGGAAGCAGUGAAGAGACCUCUUUUCAUGAGGAGUCACUGCAGGAUGACAGAGAAGAAAUAGAAAAUAAUGCUUACCAUGUGCAUCCAGCAGGCAUUGUUCUCACUAAGGUUGGUUACUACACUAUUCCAUCUAUGGAUGACCUUGCCAAAAUUACCAAUGAAAAAGGAGAAUGCAUUGUCUCUGACUUCACUAUUGGUCGUAAAGGUUAUGGUUCAAUCUAUUUUGAAGGAGAUGUGAAUUUGACAAAUCUAAAUUUGGAUGAUAUUGUGCAUAUUCGAAGGAAAGAAGUGAUUGUCUACUUAGAUGAUAACCAAAAACCACCUGUGGGUGAAGGGCUAAAUAGGAAGGCCGAAGUUACACUGGAUGGAGUUUGGCCAACAGAUAAAACAUCUCGCUGUUUAAUAAAGAGCCCAGAUCGACUUGCUGAUAUGAACUAUGAGGGCAGAUUGGAAGCAGUUUCAAGGAAACAGGGAGCUCAAUUCAAAGAGUACCGUCCCGAAACAGGUUCUUGGGUGUUUAAGGUCUCCCAUUUCUCUAAGUAUGGCCUUCAGGAUUCUGAUGAAGAAGAGGAGGAACGGCCAUCCAAAACUAGUACAAAGAAGUUGAAGACUGCCCCUUUGCCUCCUGCAGGCCAGGCCACCCCAUUCCAGAUGGCUCUUAAUGGCAAGCCAGCACCUCCACCCCAGAGCCAGAGCCCAGAGGUGGAGCAGUUAGGGAGGGUUGUGGAACUGGACAGUGACAUGGUAGAUAUCACCCAGGAGCCAGUUUUGGAUUCCAUGUUAGAAGAGUGCGUGCCUGAGGAUCAGGAACCUGUGUCUGCCUCAACACACAUUGCAUCUUCACUGGGAAUUAAUCCACAUGUCUUACAGAUCAUGAAAGCAUCAUUGCUUGCUGAUGAAGAAGAUGUAGAUACGGUCAUGGAUCAACGCUUCAGUCACCUUCCUUCUAAAACAGAUACUUCUCAAGAAAUCUGUUCUCCCAGACUCCCCAUUUCAGCAUCCCACUCGUCAAAAUCCCGUUCUUUAGUUGGUGGGUUACUACAAUCAAAGUUUACCAGUGGAGCUUUUCUUUCACCAAGUGCCUCUGUACAAGAAUGUCGCACCCCCAGAGCAUCGUCUUUGAUGAAUAUUCCAUCCACAUGCCCUUGGUCUGUCCCUCCACCCCUCACCUCUGUGUUUACGGUGCCCAGCCCAGCCCCUGAAGUUCAGUUGAAAACCGUGGGUACACGUAGACAACCAGGCCUAGUCCCUCUUGAAAAGUCUGUCACCUAUGGCAAGGGGAAACUCUUGAUGGAUAUGGCUCUGUUUAUGGGACGCUCAUUUCGAGUUGGUUGGGGCCCCAACUGGACUCUUGCUAAUAGUGGAGAACAGCUGAGUGGCUGUCAUGAACUGGAAAAUCAUCAAAAUGCCGAUUCUAUGGAAUAUGGAUUCCUGCCUAAUCCAGUAGCUGUUAAAUUCCUAACAGAGUCUCCAUUCAAAGUUCGUUUGGAAAAACUCAGUUUGAGACAAAAGCCAGAUGAAGACCUGCAGUUAUACCAAAUACCUCUGGAGCUCAAAUUAAAGCACAGCACUGUCCAUGUAGAUGAGCUGUGUCCUCUCAUUGUCCCUAAUCCAGGAGUUGCUGUCAUUCAUGACUAUGCAAAUUGGGUUAAGAAAGCAUCUGGAGACUUUUUAGAAGCACAAAUUGUGAAGCACUGGAGCCUAGCAUGGACAUUAUGUGAAGCCUUAUGGGGCCACCUGAAGGAGACUGACAGCCAGCUAGAUGAACCCAAUGAAUACAUUCAGAUUCUGGAGCGAAGAAGAACUUUCUCUCGCUGGCUAUCCUAUACUGCCGCACCUCAAAUUGAGGAGGAAGUCUCCUUAACCCGAAAAGACAAGCCUGUGGAGGCUGUCUUCAGCUACCUCACAGGCAAGAGGAUCAGUGAGGCCUGCUCUCUGGCCCAGCAGUCAGGUGAUCAUCGUCUUGCCCUUCUUUUAUCCCAGUUGGUGGGCAGCCAGUCGAUCCGGGAGCUGCUUACCAUGCAGCUGGUGGAUUGGCAUCAGCUCCAGGCUAACUCUUUCAUCCAGGACGAGAGACUGCGGAUCUUUGCCUUGUUGGCUGGAAAACCGGUAUGGCAGGUCUCCGAGGAGAGGCAAAUCAACGUGUGCUCACAGUUGGACUGGAAACGCUCCCUCGCUGUCCAUCUUUGGUAUUUGCUUCCACCGACAGCCUCCAUUUCCAGGGCACUCAGCAUGUACGAAGAAGCAUUUCAGAAUUCUUCUGAGGCUGAGAGUUAUGCCUGCUCCCCACUUCCUUCAUACCUAGAAGGCUCUGGCUGUGUGAUAGAGGAGGAGAAAAACUCACAGAGACCACUUCAAGAUGUCUGCUUUCACCUUCUAAAACUCUACAGUGACAGACAUUAUGAUCUCAACCAGCUGUUGGAGCCUCGAAGCAUAACAGCAGAUCCUUUGGAUUACCGCCUAAGCUGGCACUUGUGGGAGGUGCUGCGGGCUCUUAACUAUACUCAUCUCUCAGACCAGUGUGAGGGUGUGCUGCAGGCCAGUUUUGCUGGCCAACUGGAAAGUGAGGGCCUCUGGGAGUGGGCCAUCUUUGUCUUCCUGCAUAUUGACAACUCAAGCGUGCGUGAGAAUGCUGUUCGAGAGCUGCUUACCCGGCACUGCCAACUAUUGGAGACCCCUGAGUCUUGGGCUAAGGAGACUUUCCUGACCCAAAAGCUUUGUGUGCCUGCUGAGUGGAUUAAUGAGGCCAAAGCAGUGAGAGCACACAUGGAAUCUGACAAGCAUUUGGAGGCCCUCUAUUUGUUUAAAGCUGGACACUGGAACCGCUGCCACAAACUCGUCAUCAGGCACUUAGCUUCUGAUGCCAUCAUUAAUGAGAACUAUGACUACCUGAAGGGGUUCUUGGAAGACCUGGCACCUCCAGAGCGCAGCAGCCUAAUCCAGGACUGGGAAACAUCAGGACUUGUUUACUUGGACUAUAUUCGGGUCAUGGAGAUGCUUCACCAGAUACAGCAGAUGGAUUGCUCGGUUUAUGAGAUGGAGCAGUUACACACCAAAGUGACCUCACUGUGCAACCGCAUACAGCAGAUCCAGUGUUACAAUGCCAAGGAUCGCCUGGCCCAGUCAGACAUGGCCAAACGUGUAGCCAACCUGCUGCGGGUGGUGUGGAGCCUUCGGCAUGCCCCUGAUGCAACCUCCGACUCAACACCAGACCCUCAGCGAGUCCCUUUGCGUCUCUUGGCUCCCCACGUUGGCCGACUCCCCAUGCCUGAGGACUAUGCCUUGGAGGAACUGCGUGGUCUCACACAGUCCUACCUGCGAGAAUUGACUGUUGGAAGCCAGUGAACCCCAAGUUCCUCCCAACACACUCACAUGCUCAUUCACACUCACCACACAAAGAUCCUUUGCAUUGAGUUGAUUGGCACUGUUUGCCAUUCUCUUGGUUAGCUGUGGAAUCCAUCCUGUUUUCCUGCUGCCCCAAGCAGCAGCCUCCAUUUGUUCAGGGCUUUUCUUAAUACUGAACAAAACGUAAGGGCUUUUGGAACCCAAAAAGGAGUCAAGCCUCUUUUUACCAUCCUUAAAAAACCGUUUUUUUUUUUUUUUUUUUUUCUUUUGAAAAAUGAUCAAUAAAACACCUUUGGCAGAAUCCCCCCCAGAGAACCAGGGAAUCCUUUUCCACUCUCAGCCAUUCUGGAUCUUGUGGCCCUCCAUGCCAGCCUGCUACCCUACUCCUACCUCAGCCCUUUUAUACUAGGACAAAUGUGUUAAUCAAAGACUGUCCUUCCUUAACAGAUGAACUAUCCACACAAGGAAGGAGAAUCUGUCUCUUAAGUAGGUUGAUGACUUAACACUGUUUUAGAGUCCAAAGAGGGUUGGACUGAGUUAGGAAGCAGUAACAGGGUCUUUCUGACUCAUUUAGGGUAGAAGUCCGUGCCUGCCGUGGAGGGAUGAAUCUUCAAGGCUUGUUUGUUCUGCCUUGAAUGUUGCAUGAACACCAAACCUUUCCUGCUACCAUGUGCAGGAACUCUUAGUCACAGACCCCAUGUCUCUGGGAAGCUCCAGAACUCAGUUUGAUCCCUGGUUUUCAGUCAUCUUGCUAGGCCUCCAUUCUGGAUUUCCCUGAAGAGUUUGGAUAAAACAUGGCAGGUUGGGUAGCCCUCCUCAUCCUUUCUCUUCUAGCCCAAAGCAUUUCCUACCCAUUGUCUACAGCCCUAGAACAUAAAACCAUUACUGAGGCA